AUGGCUCUCUUCUCUGACGAGAAUAUCCCCCCAUCGACUCCUCCAUCUUCACCGCCCAGCCUCGCAGUCUCUCCAAAAGCUGCUCCUCCAAAACUACAACUUCCAAAGGCAUAUGUUGAAAAGCCUGCACCUGCCGUGAAGUCUACCCCAAACUCGUCAAAACCGCUUGUCCAGAUGCAACUCAACUUCGGGCAAGCGAUGCGAAAGACUUGCAAAGAGUGCCGCAUGGAAUAUGUGCCGUCAGCUCCAGAGGAUGUCGCUCUUCAUAAGAAGUUUCACGCGCAACACACCAAUGGCGUCCCCAUGGACCGGGAUUUUCUCACCAAAGUCAAGUCAGAGAAGGCUGUGUGGCAUGGACCGCAAGGAGACUUCAUCAUAUCCCUCAGCGGCUCUCAGGAUCCCAAGCACUGGCUCAAGAAAGCUCGCGCUGUAUUUGAAAUGGCAACAGCAGAUUUGGGUGCUGUAGAUAUACCUGACGAGAAGCUGUGGGGACCACGAUUCGCGACUUCAGGUGCUCGCAACAAAGCAUCCGAUGCAUACGAGGAGAAAAUUGACCAAUACAAGUUGUAUCUUUACGUGGAUAAUGGCAGAUGUGUGGGACUUUGUCUUGCAGAAGGGAUUGAGAAGGCUUUCAGAGUGGUCGAGCAAAAGAAAAAGGUGGAUGUAGAAAAGGAUACAGAAACAGAGGAAGAGAGCAAGGCGUCAGAGCUAGUGGGGGCUCAAAGAAGUGAGCAACUCUCUAUCAGCCAGGACACAGAUGAGGCAGCAAUUGGCAUAUCUCGAAUCUGGACAUCUCGAGGGUCAAGGAAGAAGGGCAUCGCAAGGGCACUGUUGAAGUGCGUCGCAAAGACGUUCCUAUCCAAGGUUACAUCGAAAGAGUUGGUUGCCUUUAGUCAACCUACCGAGAUGGGCACAGCACUAGCCAGGCGGUGGUUCGGUCAGGAAUACGGAUGGCAUGUGUACAUUGAUUGA